AUGUAUCAACUCAGUUUGGCAUCUUUACUAUCACUUGUCUUGUCCGUUGUGGCAGGAUCUCAAUCAUCAUUAGCAAUCGACCCCUCACAAUGGCUCAACGCCCGUGGUAAAGCAGACUCGCUGAUCUCCAAGAUGACACUGGAGGAAAAGUCCUCGAUGGUGACAGGCACCUUUGACGGCACAUGCAUCGAGUACAUCGCGCCCAUCAAACGUGUUGGCUUCGGCGGUCUUUGCAUCCAAGACGGACCCAUUGGUCUUCGCCUCGGCGAUCUAGUCAGUGUCUUUCCAUCCGGCGUUACUACCGCUGCGACGUGGGACAGGCAGCUGAUGGCGCUGAGGGGAGAGGCAAUGGCGGAAGAAUUCAAAGCAAAGGGUGCCCACGUGAUUCUUGGACCCGUUGCAGGAGCCCUGGGAAGAAGUCCAUAUGGCGGUCGCAACUGGGAGGGCUUCUCGCCAGAUCCGUACCUAACCGGCAUCGCCAUGGAUGAAACAAUUCGGGCAAUCCAAGACACCGGUGUCCAGGCUACAGCCAAGCAUCUCGUUGGCAACGAGCAAGAAACGCAGCGCAAGGCCACACUCAUCAACGGAAAGAUGGUGGACGCAGUAUCCUCCAACAUUGACGAUCGCACCAUGCACGAGCUGUACAUGUGGCCCUUUGCAGACGCCGUUCACGCUGGUGUGUCAUCAGUCAUGUGCGGCUACAACCGGGUCAACGAGACUUAUAGCUGCGAGAACAAGUACCUGAUCAAUAACCUCUUGAAGAAAGAGCUUGGUUUUGAGGGUUAUAUCAUGUCGGACUUUCUGGCCACGCCGCCUGGACUUGGUCCCGUCAAGGCAGGGCUUGAUAUGAACCAGCCCGGACCUAUAAAUCCACUUUCCCCCGAUGAGACGUACUGGGGCGACAAUCUCGUUGCGUGUGUCAAGAACAAGACACUCUCAGAGUCGGAUCUCGAUGGAAUGGUGCGCCGCAUCUUGACGCCUUACUUCUAUCUCGGUCAAGACAAAGACUACCCAUCUGUGGACCCAUCGUCUCGGCCUCUCGUCUACAACGGCUUCGGGUAUCCUUAUCCAGGCCCUUCUCCAGUUGGCCGCGAUGUCCGCGGCAACCAUUCAGCGCUCAUCCGUGAGAUCGCCGCGGCCGGAACAGUCUUGCUCAAGAAUCAAGAUUCCAUUCUUCCUCUCAACAAGUCCCUCACCAACAUCGGUCUCUUUAGUAACGAUGCUGCUGAUCCCUCCGUCGGUACCCUCUUGAGCGACCACGCUGGCAUCGACAUCGGUACUCUUAUCUCCGGUGGCGGUUCAGGAAGUGGUCGACCAAGCUACGUUAUCAGUCCCUUGGACGCGUUCAAGUCUUACGCGAAAGACAACGGCAAGCGGCUCCAGUACGUCACCAACAAUACUGCUAUUCUCAGCAUUAUGCCUGGUCUGUACCCUUGGCCAGAGGUUUGCAUCGUCUUCCUCAAAUCUUUCGCCACCGAGGGCUUUGAUCGUAAGACUCUUGUGGCAGAUGACAACUCAGUCCAAGUCGUCAAUAGUAUUGCAUCACGCUGCCCUCGCCGCACCGUCGUAGUCACUCACUCUGGAGGGCCGGACGUGAUGCCGUGGGCGACGAACCCUAAUGUUAGCGCUAUUGUCGCUGCGCAUUACCCGGGCCAGGAAUCGGGCAAUUCUAUCCUGGACGUCUUGACCGGAAAGGUCAAUCCCUCUGGCAAACUCCCAUAUACCAUUGCGAAGAAAGAGGAGGACUACAACGGAAAGAUCACCAACAUCACUGGCUCCGCAGCUGAAGACGCUUCGAAUUGGCAAAGUGACUUUAGUGAGGGCCUGUUCAUUGACUAUCGACACUUCGACAACAAGGGCCUAGAGCCUCUCUAUGAAUUUGGCUACGGUCUCAGCUACACCACCUUUGAACUAUCCUCCAACCUCGUCGUCUCCUCAGCAAACAAGAUCUCCGUCCGCGCAUCCCCCUCCAACGCUACACUCGCCCUAGGCGGUAACCCUCACCUCUGGGAAACCGUCAUCAAGUGCCACGUCGAGGUAUCCAACACUGGCCGGGUUGCAGGCGCUACAGUCAUCCAGCUGUAUGCUUCUUUGCCCAAGAACAAUAUACCAGCCAAUAGCCCAGUACGGAUGCUGCGUGGGUUCGAGAAGGUCUAUCUUGUGCCUGGGGAGGCUAAGAAAGUGUCAUUCGCGCUAAAGCGUCGGGAUGUGAGUUAUUGGGAUGUUACUAUUCAGGACUGGAUGGUACCGAAGGGUGGCAUAAAGCUCAGUGUUGGGUUCAGCUCGAAGGAUCUGAGGUCUUCGACAACCGUUCAACUGGUAAAAUAA